AUGGCUGAGGCCACCCUACACAACGUGCCAAUUGUCAUUGACAACGGCAGUGGCACCAUCCGAGCCGGCUUUGCAGGAGAGGAGAUCCCAUCAUGUUACUUCCCCUCAUUUGUCGGUCGUCCCAAACACCCGCGGGUCAUGGCUGGCGGCCUCGAAGGCGACUCAUUUAUCGGGCAGCGCGCACAGGAUCUCCGCGGCUUGUUGAAGAUCCGGUAUCCGCUCGAGCACGGAAUCGUCACAAAUUGGGAAGAUAUGGAGUCUAUCUGGCAUUAUGUCUAUGAGAACGAGCUGAAGACGCUGCCCGAGGAGCAUCCUGUGCUGCUCACCGAACCUCCGCUAAACCCGCGCGCCAACCGCGAUACCGCCGCCCAGCUGAUGUUUGAGGCUUUCAACGUUCCAGCCCUGUACAUGUCGAUUCAGGCCGUGCUCUCUCUCUACGCGUCUGGGCGCACAACCGGUGUCGUUCUGGACUCCGGAGAUGGUGUCUCCCAUGCGGUGCCCGUGUUUGAAGGUUUCGCCAUCCCCAAUAGUAUCCGCAGAAUUGAUGUCGCUGGUCGCGAUGUUACAGAGCAGUUGCAAUUACUCCUUCGGAAAUCCGGCCAUGUCUUGCACACUAGUGCUGAAAAGGAGGUUGUGCGAAUGAUUAAGGAGAAGGUCUGUUACGUGUCGCUGGACCCGAAGCGCGAGGAAAAAGAGUGGAUGAAUAGCUACCAUAAGUCGGAUGCUAAGGCAAUUGACUAUGUCCUGCCCGAUGGACACAAGAUCAAAAUCGGUCAAGAACGUUACCGUGCCCCUGAAAUCCUCUUUGACCCCGAAUUGAUCGGCCUUGAAUACCCAGGUGUACACCAAAUCGUCCAAGAUGCUAUCAGCCGUACGGACUUGGACUUGCGCAAGUCACUAUACCUCAACAUUGUGCUUUCUGGUGGUUCAACGCUCUGCAAAAACUUCCCAGACCGUCUUAUGCGCGAAAUUAAGCGUCUUGCCGUUGAGGACAUGAAGAUCCGAAUCUCGGCGCCCGCAGAACGCAAGUACACCACCUGGAUUGGUGGUAGCAUUCUGGCUGGUCUCAGCACAUUUAGAAAGAUGUGGGUAAGUGCGGACGAAUGGCAUGAGGACCCUGAGAUCAUUUUCAAGCGAUUCGCAUAG